AUGACCUCCUCCGAUCCUGGCGACGAGGAGACUGCCCUGCUACAUGGCACAGACCAUCCAAAAUCCGCUCGGACACCUCUUCCGCGUGGGCAAUUAUAUAUACUGCUUUUUCUCCACCUCGCCGAGCCCUUCACCAUACAUGUCAUCGCGCCCUUUGCGCCCGAUCUCAUCCGCAGCGUUGGGAUCACCGGGGGGGACGAGGCCAAAGUCGGAUACUACGUCGGCCUUAUGUACUCUCUCUUCUCUGCCACGCAGGCCUUGACAGUCCUCUCCUGGAGCCGCCUGUCUGACCGCGUCGGACGGAAGCCCGUCAUUAUGACGGGGCUACUCGGACUGGCGCUGUCUAUGUACUGCUUCGGGCUCGCGCGGACGUUCUGGGCACUUGUCGUGAGCCGGUGUUUGAACGGCGCGUUGAACGGGAACGUCGGCGUGCUCAAGAGUAUGAUGGCAGAAAUUACAGAUUCGACGAACAUCGCACAGGCAUACGCGUAUCUACCCAUCGCAUGGAUGACGGGCAGCACCCUGGGCCCGAUGGUUGGUGGGCUGCUCGCGCAUCCUCACGAGCGCUUUCCGAGCGUUUUUGGUAACGUCGAGUUCCUCAAGACACACCCGUAUUUCCUCGCGUGUGCCAUGCCCGCUACGUUCUCUAUUGUCGCGUUCCUGAUUACCCUUGUCUUCCUCAAAGAGACCGUCACAGCGCCCGUGUCCAUCCUGCGCGUCCUCAAACUGCGCACGGGCCAACCACUUCAUUUCCCCGGCGACCCUCAGCCUUUCGUUCCUGCGCCGUCGCAUCCAGCGACUGGAGAACCCCUUCCACUCCGGGCUCUCCUGACGCCGCGAGUCGUCAUAUCUGGGGGCAGUUAUGCCCUACUCGCGCUCAUGGACCUCAGCUACCGCACUGUUCUCCCUGUCUACCUCUCCACCCCAGUUGCGCUCGGUGGGCUUGCACUCUCACCCCAGACGAUUGGGACGCUCCUCUCCGCAUACGGGUUCGCGGCGGGGGUGCUGCAACUCCUGCUGUUCUCCCGACUGACCGAGUGGUGGGGCCCCAAGCGUGUCUAUGUCGCCGGGCUCGCCUGCGCGCUGCCUGUCAUCGCGCUCUGCCCGCUCAUGAAUCACAUUGCGCGGAUGGGAGGGGGUGGUACGGUACUGUGGACGCUGCUCGCGGUGCAGACCAUCGUGUCGGUCGCGCUGAACUUCUGCUAUGGUAGCGCGUUCAUAUACAUCACGGCGUCGGCGCCGAACAGGGCGUCGCUCGGGGCGGUGAACGGGCUCGCGCAGAUGAGCGUGUCUGUCGCGCGGGCGGUGGGCCCAGCGCUGGCAAACGCGGCGUUCUCGCUGUCGGUGGACGUGGAACACCAUUACCUCUACGGGAUGCUGGUGUACGUGCUCCUGGGGUGCCUUACGCUAAUGGCACUGGCACUGGCCACGCUGCUACCUGAAACGGUGUGGGGAGACAGGAGGGAGGGAGCAUGA